AUGCUGGCACCCGAAGCCAGUGUAGCACAGGGUUGGGAAGCAGCGGUGAUGCUGCCUCUUGAGCUGAUCAACACAGGCUUGAACCUCUUCAAGACUGCUCUUGGCAUCUAUGCUCUUAUGAGCUGGCUCUAUGCUUUUGGAAUCAUUGACAUGCGAAAUGAUAUUGUCAUGAAGGUGCAGGGCGCGCUUUCGUCCGUGAUCGAUCCGGUACUUAACCCAUUGCGGAGCAUCAUCCCCCCGUUGGGUGGCUUCGAUAUCUCCUUCAUGAUCCUGUGGUUUGUGAUCGAGCAGGCACAGGCUGCUGCGGUGACCAUCAUGUUCGGACACUAUGCAGCAACAUUCUUGGCGAUGUCUCCUCACAGAGUAACUUCAGCCGCAGCUUCUAGUUUCCAUCGGUGA